GGGCUGUAGGGGUACAGGAGGAGGUCACAGUGGAACCCAGCGCUGAGGCUGGAGCUCAGGAGACCAUUGAACUUUUACCCUCCCCCUCGCCCCCCUCCCUGUCUAACGGUCUUCACCUGCACAGGAGGCCUGUCCUUGGAACACGCAGACGGAGGCAGAUAGAGACACACACACGCAACGACGCUCCAACACACACCCCUGGACAGACCGUCAUAGGCAUGCAGACACACAAGGACAUCCAAAUGCAGACACCCGCAGAGACGUGCAUGGACGCUCACACACACACAAGUGCUCACAGACAAAUGGAUGCUCACACACACACAAGUGCUCACAGACAAAUGGAUGCUCACACACACUUGGACUCUGCCGGUCCAGAGCAGCCCAGAACUGAUUCAUCACCAGAGACACACACCAGAUCACCUCAGCGACAGGUCCUCCUGCCUCUCAAUCAUUCAGCCUGCACCAAUCAGCAAGCUGCUUUCUCUCCCUGCAGCCCCGCUCCUCCACACUCUGCAAACAGAGACAUGGCCCCAGCCAUUAGCCCUGCCCCUAAUAUUAGUUCAACACCUCUAGAUCUCUCUAAACCCUCAAGAGCUAUUGGUCCAAAUCCUCCAGGCCUUUCUCCUAUCGGUCCAGCUUGUCCAGACCUUUCUACUAUUGGUCCAGGCCCUGUAGACCCCUCCCCUGUACCUGUCGAAGGUGAGAGAAAGUAUGCGCUUCGUAGCUCCGGUCGACCUCGCUUCCCCUGCCAGCUACGCAAGUCUUCCCGCAUCCGCCGAUGCACUGAGGAUGGAGAAAGGAGGGGAGGGAGGGAGAGCGAGAGGGAGGAGGAGGAGAGGGAGGAGGAAGAGGAGAAAGAGAGGGUGAGUGUACAUGUGAAGGUAGAGCGCCCCACAGUGGAGGAGUAUGCAGCCUCCAAGCCUGCAGCCUCCAAGCCUGCAGCCUCCAAGCCUGCAGCCUCCAAGCCUGCAGCCUCCAAGCCUGCAGCCUCACCCGUACCAGUACCUGUAGCACCACUCCCCUCAACACACCCCUCAUCACGCCCCUCCUCUCACUCCGCCCCCCGGCCAUCGCCCAAACCCCAACAUAGAACUUCAACCAAACCCCAACCCAAAUCUUCAACCAAUGCCAAACCAAAAUCCCAACCUAGACCAUCGAUGAAAGCCUCGCCCAAACCUUUGCCCAGAUCAGCAACCAAUCACAGACCAGCAACCAAUCCCUCGCCUCGUCCAUUGACCAAUACAGUGCCCCGGCCGUCAGUGAAGAAGGAGGAGCCUGGUGAACUAGAUCCCCCCACCAAACGGAAACGCCGGUUUGUUGGUGUGAGGCGUAUCGUGGUGAAGGUAGCUCGUAUCCCAGUUAACCUCAGCCGACGCCAGAAGAGCUACAAGAUUUCCUCCAUGGAGACAGUUGAGAAGGGCGGGGCAGGUGGCGAUGGCGGGUUGGAGGGAGCCGAGGGGGGGACAGCGGUAGUCCGAGAGCCGACUGCGCUCCUCCGUAUGAAGAACAACGGGAAGAGCGUGAUGGUCAUGUUCCCGCCUGGAGAACUUCCGGUGAUCCUGAAACGUCGCCGUGGCCGACCUCCCAAACAGGUUGUACCUGGAACGCCGGAUAAAACCACCGGUGGGAAUGGCGAGCCCAAGAAACCUCGUCGGCGCCGGCGGGCCAAGCUCCCGUCUCCGCAACCGUCGUACGUGAACGACACCAACGACGUGAAGACGGAGUACGGAGACGUUCUGUCCAAACUGGCAUUCCUCAACCGCCAACCGCCGGCCACCGGCCGCUGCUCCCCACCACGCUGCUGGACACCCAGCGAACCGGAUAGUUUUCACACGCCGUCCAACAACCCUGGGAUCUCCGCCCUGCUACACCGACUCACAGGGUUCAGACGCAGGGGAGGCAGGGGGGGAGGUGUUGGAGGCAGGGGAGGAGGAGCAGGGGGAGGAGCAGGAGGAGCCGGCGGAGAGGGCUUCAAGAGCUCCUUCAGUGACUUCUUCGAGACGAUCGGGAAGAAAAGAAAAGUGACCCCUGCUCUGUCAGAACCAGGGUUAACUCAAAACGAGGGAAGGGGUGGGAGGCAGGGGGCCAUGCUCAACACCACAGACUGUUACACUGGGAGGAAGCGAGAGCGGAGGUGUCUGGGGGCGAGGUAUAGCGCGGGCACGGCCCAUGUAGUGGAAACCAAUCGCUCUGAGUGGCAAGCAGGGUUACAGGUCUGGCGCUCCCGCGCGGGGCGGAGGCUUCUGUCUGCUGUACCGGCGGCGUGUGGAGAGAGGAAGUCCGCGUACGGCGUCAGCACUGCGGUCCGGCAAAGCAGAGGCAGGGUGCGUGAUCCUCACCUGCGACACAUCUACCUCCCCCUCACCGCCCCGAUCCCUCCCCCCUGCCCAGGAAAAACCUCCGCUCCGUCACCAUCCUCUGGCGCAUACUGCGACUUCCUCCCACCAGCCCCUGCCUCUGUCCGGCCCAGGGCCUUCGCUGGUCUCCUCUAG